AGAGAGACAGAGAGAGAGAGAGAGACAGAGAGAGAGAGAGAGAGAGACAGAGAGAGAGAGACAGAGUUAAUCUAAUACUGGUGAAGUGUGAUUAAAGCUUCAUCACUGCUGACGCUUCAGAUGAAUGUGAAGCUCUGAGGAAAGAAAUUAAACACAGAGAGGACGAAGCAGCCGAGGAGGAGAAAGGGUUAAAAUCCCAAUAUCUCUCUCUCUCUCUCUCUCUCUCUCUCUCUCCCCUCCUCCCUCCUUCCUCCCUCGCUCGCCCGCCUCUCUCCACCUGUUCGUGCGGACCCUCGUGCACAGACCUCCACCUGUUUGUGUUGGAAUCUGCUGCACGCUCAAUCAGAGACUCUAUGACGGUGCGGAGAGGAAAGAAGCUCAGCAUCUCCAUCCAGGAACACAUGGCCAUCGACGUCUGCCCCGGCCCCAUCAGACCCAUCCGACAGAUCUCCGCCUACUUCCCCCGCCUGUCCCCCACCUCCCCCGGCCCCCUCUCCCCUCUCCCUGCCUCCUCCCCUCUGGCCCUCAGCCCUGGCUCCGUGGCCUCCGGGAUGGGUGGGUCUCACCUCCUGUCUCCUCUGCUGGCCCACGGCAGGCCGGGCGGCGGCGGGUCUCUGUCCCAGACCAGCAGCAUGGACACAUCGGUGGAGAUCAACAGCUCCGACAGUGACGACUGCACUGCUCUGGGAACGCUGGAGUUUCAGCUGAGAUACGAGCAGAGCUCCAGCGAGCUGCAUUGCACCAUCCUCCGGGCCAAGGGUCUGAAGCCGAUGGACUUCAACGGUUUGGCCGACCCGUACGUCAAACUUCACCUGCUGCCUGGAGCCUGUAAGGCCAAUAAGCUGAAGACGAAGACGAUUCGUAACUCUCUGAAUCCGGUGUGGAAUGAGACACUAACUUACGUCGGCAUCACAGAAGAAGACAUGCACAGGAAGACGCUCAGGUUGACUGUCUGUGACGAGGAUAAGUUGACUCAUAAUGAGUUGAUUGGAGAGUCCCGGGUUCCUCUGAAACGGGUCAAACCCGACCAGACGAAACAUUUCCACACCUGCCUCGAGCACCCGCCCCCGCUGCCGUCUCCUACGGCCAUGGGUGAAGCCCUCCGAGGAAUAUCCUGCUACCUAAGAGAGUGGGAGAACGAGCAGCUGCACAGCCUGGAGGAGAGAGGACGUCUUCUUCUGUCCCUGCAGUUUCUGCCUCCGCUCAGUUUGGAGGACAAAGACAUAGAGGGAGGAGGAGGAGGAGGAGGAGGAGGUGAAGGACGUCGCAGCGGAGGUCUCUGUGUGGGUGUGAGGCGCUGUGCCCACCUGGCAGCCAUGGACGUCAACGGAUUCUCUGACCCCUACGUCAAAAUAUACCUGAAGCCUGACAUAGAGAAGAAGUCCAAGCACAAAACAUCCGUGAUGAAGAAGACCCUCAACCCUGAAUUCAAUGAGGAGUUCUUCUACGAGAUCUCUCUGUCCGAGCUCGCCAACAAGACGCUGGAGGUGACGGUGUGGGACUACGACCUGGGACGCUCCAAUGACUUCAUAGGUGGCGUCUGUCUGAGCUGUCACUCGCAGGGCGACGCCCUCCGUCACUGGAUGGACUGCCUGAAGAACAAGGGCAGGAGGGUGGAGCGGUGGCACAUCCUGACCAACGAGCUGCCACGAACCGUCAGCCACGACUAAACCACGUCCGCCGUCACAUGGUUCACGUGGUUACUUCAGGGGACGGACGCCUUCACCGCGGGAAUCAGCAGAAGCCGAGAGGGAAAGUGUAUUAUAAGAAGAGCCACCAUGACGGGCGGAGAGCCGGGCGGAGCCGGAGCAGCAUGGUGGUGUGCCUUCAUUAUCGAUCAUCCCGAAGAAGAAGCUCGUCGGCUGCAUCACACCCGCACUCAGCUCGACCCGAGGCGGUCUCCGUUUCUUUCUGUUUUGUAAAUCACGUUCUGUGCUAUGAUCAGAAUUUAUGUUUUAUUGGUGUCACGACGCCGCCUGUCUGCAUGAUCCAGUCAGAACCGAGAGCUCAGAACAAACACAGAACUUCUUCUUCUUUCCAUCACAUGCCAGCCUCUGCUUCUGACUGACAGAAUAUAAAUGACAAACGUAAAAUAACGCGCUGGAGAAAAGUCUUCGAAUGAUCUGGAUAAAACAUUUGAAACGUUUCCCCGGCAGCUAGAAAUGGCGUCUCAUCCGACGUAGUUGUUUCUUGUCUCAUUUUCAGUUUCAUAUUUUUUAUCCAGAAUGUUUGAUCGAUUUUUUUGAGGAUUCGACAAAACCAAAUGUAAUUUGGAUUCUUUAACGGCUAAAUUCUACCGGACACGGGACGUCCAGAGAACGUGCACCAGACUUUAACAUGGUCAGAUCUGGUCAUUUUUCUGGUUUACGUGUACGUAGCACGUUUACACAGACUCGUGUCUGUACACGCAAUGAAAACUAUCGGCUACAGCAAUUUAUUGACAUUACACAUAAAAUCAUAUGUGCUUAAUUUGGCUGAAUUAUAAAAGGUAUAAGUGGUAACAUGAAGAGCCGGCUCUUCUUCUGAGUCAA